UGAAGGGGAAGUGUAGGAGUAUGUAUAUGAAAAUGAUCCUAUUGUAAAUUAAACAUUUUCAGAUAACCAUGUACCUUGAAAAAAUAAAUCUAUUGACACAUAAUCCCCAUCUCUGAAAUUGAUUGAGGAAUACGUUUGAGCGGAUGGAUAUGUACUACUUAAAGUAAUGUAACUUAUCGCAGGGGUAGUACAAGUGAUAAAAUUUGCAGUAGUAUAGGUUGAGGGCAAUAGAAAGUUUCCAGAAUAAUAAUAUGCGUAUAUUCCGGUCUAUUUAGUGAAUUUUGAAUUAGAGCUCAACAUACUAGUUGAGAUUAUCCAUUAUGAAUUCGAAUGCUCAAUCAAGCAAACGAUGAGGUAAAUCGCAGAAAUUGCCAUAAAUAAAAUAAUAGAACUUCCAAAAAUAUUUGAAAAUGUUAAUAGAAAAAGCAAAUCUUCAAAAAUUUAUAAACUUUUUAAAUUCUAUAAAAUUUUGUUAUAGAAUUAUUGA